GCUUUAGACAUGAAGUAUCCGAUGUUUUCACGUGCUCUCGCUGGCAGAAUAUGCCUUAGAAGUGGAGAAUCGUAUAUAAUACCGUGUGCUCCAUCUGUCGAGCUUCAUAAGAAUGGCGACGGACGAAGAAAAGGAGGCUUUGUUGAAGAAGCAUUACUAUGAGAACUGCCCCGGCUGCAAGGUCGAUAAGUUUAAGGAAUCACAGAGAGGCUUGCCGAUCUGCAAGCUUGCGUCUAUCUGGAUCGUCGUGCUUUGCACCGCACUGCCAAUAUCAUCUCUAUACCCAUUCCUUUACUUCAUGAUUAGAGAUUUUCAUAUCGCCGAAAGAGAGGAAGACAUCGGAUAUUAUGCCGGUUAUGUAGGUUCUUCACUCAUGUUCGGUAGAGUCUUGACAUCGCUCAUCUGGGGAAUUGUGGCAGACCGCUAUGGGCGAAAACCCGUCAUAAUUAUUGGAACAAUCGCAGUGGUUAUCUUCAACACUCUAUUUGGCCUAAGUGUGAACUUUUGGAUGGCCAUUGCAACGAGGUUCCUUCUAGGAAGUUUAAAUGGUUUACUCGGACCGAUCAAGGCUUAUGCGAGCGAAAUGUUCCGCAAGGAGUACCAAGCGCUAGGAAUAUCAACCGUCAGUACAGCAUGGGCGACAGGAUUGAUUAUUGGUCCAGCUCUGGGAGGUUAUCUUGCGCAGCCCGCGGAAAAGUUUCCGUCGGUAUUUUCCAAAGAAUCAGUGUUCGGAAGAUUUCCCUACUUCUUGCCCUGUCUCACCAUCUCGCUUUUCGCAUUGGUAGUUUCUAUCGCGUCCUUCUGGCUUCCGGAAACAUUGCAUAUGCACCAUGGAAGUAGAAAGCUUGAUGAGUCCCGUGAAGGUGCAGAGACCGCAUCCGUCAAGUCCGGUACAAAACAUGAGAUGCAUAAAGUCGAAGGGAAAGCUCCGAAAAGGUCUCUGAUUCGAAAUUUGCCGCUGAUGUCGUCCAUCAUUGUGUACUGCGUCUUCUCGCUUCAUGACAUGGCUUACACGGAGAUCUUCUCGCUAUGGGCUGUAAGCCCUAGGCGAUUAGGGGGUUUAAGCUACACAACUGAAGAUGUCGGAACUGUUCUGUCUAUCUCAGGUGCCGGCCUUCUCGUCUUCCAGACGGGUUUAUAUCCACACUUGGACAGACUGCUCGGUCCCGUUGUGGUAGCCCGCAUUUGUGGGGUCCUGUCGAUACCGCUCUUGUCAAGCUACCCUUUCAUAGCCAUGCUGACCGGGCUAAGUCUCUCCGUAACAUUGAAUUGCGCAUCGGUCGCAAAGAAUAUUCUAUCUACUUCCAUCAUCACCAGCUUGUUCCUUCUUCAAAACAAAGCUGUGGACCAAGAUCAGAGAGGAGCUGCUAAUGGAAUCGCGAUGACAGCCAUGUCUCUUUUCAAGGCGGCUGGUCCAGCUGGAGGAGGCGCGAUAUUCUCUUGUGCACAGAAGCGUCGGGACGCGGCCUUGCUCCCAGGCGACCAGAUGGUCUUCUUCAUCUUGAAUGUGGUCGAGGCAAUCGGGGUGCUGAUGAUGUUCAAGCCGUUCCUAGCUGAACGCCGCGACUGAGAGAGAACAGAAUCGAACCCGUAUGAAUUAUAAGUUGAUCCCUGCUAAUGGUCAGAGCAGAGCCAGCAAAAAGAUCAGCCGCCGUUCGAUUCUUUCGCACGGUGGAGCAGCAUUUCCCUUCCGCGAAGCCGAGGAGGCCUCGUUCAGGCCAAGAGUCGCUAUCCUAGUUGAAUUAGCAAUUCUCUCUAUGAUGUAAUUUUAUGCAUGAUAAGUGUCCGAAAAGGACGAGUCCAUGACGUGUGUUACAAUUUCUGCUUCCAGUUGGGUCAAUCAGAAGUUCC